AUGUUAGGCAAAGAUUGUGGCGUUAAUCCAUGCAGGUUCAUGGAUUAUGAUGAAAUGCGCCGUCGAUUUACUGAACAUAUAAAAGCAAUCAUAGAAACCAAACAGAACAACAGAAUUGCUGAUGUUGAAGAGGCAAAGAAGCAAGGGAGGAUAAAAGGGUUCUUGUAUCCAGAUGAUUGCUCCACCAUUCACAAAGACGAACUCUUUGGGGAAGAUCCGUGGGGAGAAGUUUUUGUACCAGUUAGUAAUGAUAGGGAUGCAGUCUGUUUUCUCGCAGUGUUUUACACAGCCAUCCUACUUUGUCCAAGGCAGGGCUGCAUCCACGGCGAGGAGCUGCCCUACUUGUUCGGCGCACCCCUCGUCGGCGGCUUCAUGCACUUCAGCAGGAACUACACGAAAUCGGAGGUGGCCUUAUCCGAGACAACUAUGAUCUACUGGAGCAACUUCGCAAGAACCGGGAGUCCAAACGAAGGAUUAGAUGAUUCCUCCCAUGGAGGUCGCCAAGAAAGAAGCAGGUUCAAAAAUGUUGAAUGGACAGCGUAUGAGGGUGUGCAUAAGAAAUACUUAAAUUUGGAUACGAAACCGAAGCUGAAGAACCACUAUCGAGCACACAGACUAUCCUUCUGGUUAAAUUUGGUUCCAGACUUGCACAAACCCGGAGGGGACGACGUGCCCAUGUCCCACCACGAACUUCCAGACGACGAUCCACCUCUUCCAAAGCUACCGUCACUAAAUCCAAGAAAACUGCCCACAACCGAGCCUCCCAUCGACCUUCGGACAACAGUUAACAACAACUCCAUUGCCACUAUAGGUCCGAUGGACUCCACCGAAAGAGUAGAAGAACUAGGAGGCAUAAGCACAACUUCCCACCCAGUGGAAGAUGGCUUCGCCGCUUACUCCACAGCCCUCAGUGUUACCAUAGCAAUAGGGUGUUCGCUUUUGAUACUGAACGUGUUAAUCUUCGCAGGUGUUUACUACCAAAGGGACAAAACCCGCAUGAAUGAGAACGUCGGUCAUCAGCCUAAGAAAAGAAACGAAAACGGCCAAAUGCCUAACAAUAUCUGCGGCGAUCUAGAAUCAAGCAUAAUAGGAGUCAAAGGAGACCCGGCCACCAUCCUGGGUCACCACCACUCGCACCACCAACUGCCACCGCCGGAGUUCGCGGACUUACCGCAAAACAACGCCACGCUUCCCCGACCCCCACCUCCGCCGAAGCUUUCAAAAGCAAACGUGAACACUCUGUCUUCGCACCAAGUGCCCGAAAAUCAGCCUCUGCUGUCUACGCAUAGCAUACAAUUGAUCAACACCGGCACGCUGACAAAGAAAAACACCCAAAUGAACUCCAAGCAGAAUACAAAAAUGGAGGAACUGAGAGUGUGA